AGCCACCUCUGGAGGCAGCGCGCCUGGAACCCGCUGAGUCCGCCGCCGCCAUGGCUGACAGACGAGUGAUAGAAGUGUCCGGCCUCCCCCGCCGCCCGUACGAUGACGAUUUUAUCAGAGAUCAGCUUUUAUUGCACUUCCUGCGACCGAGAAAUGGGGGCGCAUAUGAAGUCGAGGUUCGAUACCCCACGGGGGAGGAGGGCGUGGCCUCGCUGGUGUUUGAAGACGAGGAAGUGGCAAAGAGGAUUCUGGGCAGGAAGCACUCCCUGGUAAUAGAGGACUGUACCCACCCUCUGGAGGUGAGGCGCCCCCAGCCUCGCGGCUCACAGUUUUCCAUGCCCGUGAAGACUCUCCUGGACCUGUCGUAUUUCAGCGAUGUGCCAGAGGUGAAGCGGCUCCUGCUACAACAUAAGCUUAGUGUAUACUGUGAGCGCGAUGUGGUCCUUGGCAUCCAAGGGGAGUUCUGCGAUUUGAAGAGAUGUUGCCAGGACCUGUACAGGAUCCUCUCUAGGGAGAAACCUAAACACAAUUCACCUGCAGCAAGCGGAAAUCGCUCAGAAGAUAGGGGGCGACGAGCCCCCCAGAAUCCGUCCACAACCCCAGACCGGAAGUCACCCUCAUCAUCCAGCGGAAGACGGCCCGAGGGCAGAGGACACUUGGCACAAGAUGUCACAGAAGAUAAUCGCAACCGUCUUGGUAGCACAACCCAACAUCCAAGGACGAGUCCUCAAAACUCGUCCCCAAAAGUAGCCAGACCGCCGACGCCAACGCGCAUCCAGACCGCCGACGCCGCCACAUUGCUGUCCCAUACCUUCCAUGUAGACCCUGCAGUCGUCAGAUACCUAAGAACAUGUCGACAAGACGCCAUCGAUCACUUUCUUAGACAACGCAAUAUCCAAAUGAAAUUCAGAAAUCGCGACGGCUUUACCAGCAUCACAUUGACCCCCCAGACACCGGCGCAGCCAGAACUCUUCAAAGAGGCGUGUAAUGACGCAAUGAGGAUGUUUGACGCUUAUCACCGUGGUCUUCGGGAAGCAAACAUUGAACUGCCGCGCGGCGCUGAUGAGGAACUGAUCCAGAGGUUGUUACUUGGGCGUGACAUCUGUUCAGCGCCCGGCACCAACAACUCGCUGGAUCUGAUCGGCCCUCCCGAGAGGGUCCUGAGCUUUCUGCAGCAGUGGAAAGGAACCCAAGGCAAAUGGCGGCAAGGUUUGGGCUCCCCAAUAGUAGGCAUAGACUUGGCGACAAAGAGCAAGGACGCAACACAUCCCGCAGCGUCGGUUGGAAGGGUGAGCGGGCGAGAAGCCGGUCAGGAGGCCCAAGUCAGGGAAAUAGAGAGCCGGCAAGAUGGAGCAGGUUCUGGAAGAGGAAAGUCCUCGGGCAGUGAGACAAGAAAACCCUGGAAAUGACAGCGUGUAGUCUCAGUAUAGUGCGGGAGGUCCUCGCCCACAACCUGCCGCACCCCACAAGUGUUCAGCGAAUUGGCCCCGUGGUAUGUAAACAUCGGGCCCCAUCCGCAACAAAACCUUCACCAGAUCACAUUAUAUAGGAGUCAGCAGAGCUGAGUUUGCCAGGAACAUAUUGUAGCAGAGUAGUUAUGGUAAGGGUCAGUUCAGGGCGGGCGAUCCGUCCACAUUACUCACGUGUGUCACGACCCGCGUGUGCGUUGUAACUCGUGCACACGGCUGUUGAUUGGCCGUUCUGUGCAUUGAGGACCGCAAUUUGCGGUCCCCAAUGCACGGGCAAAAUCCGUGCGGAUUCUGCAGACGGAUGCGGACCCAUUCAACUUGAAUAGGUCCGUGGUCUGUCCGCACCGCAAAAAAGUAAUCGCAUACUUCAAAUGUGCUCCGUAUAAUCAGAGUGAGAAAUGAUAAAAUCGCUGUAGUCGUAGUCAGAGAAUCCAACUGCAAAUCAUAAACUAACGUCUUAUACAAUGUAUCUAUAAUACUUCAAUAAAUGAUCACUUUAU